GAUUCGUAAAAGAACCUAUGAACAUGUAAAUGAUAAUGAUAUCCAAUAUGUUUCUAUAAACACAAAGGGUUUUCCCGCUUUAAAAGAAUACUGUGAAAGAUUAAGACAAUUAAUGAAUAAUCAUCUUGAAGAAGAUAUCAUAAUUGCGGCGAUUAAAGAUACACGACAUCAAAAAAUGUGGGAUGUUAUUCCAAUUCUAAAUAGAAUUUUAAAAGAGGGUAAAAUAGAAACG